GGCCCAGUGGACUCUGCAGCCUGCCCGGAGCAAGAUGUGUCAUCGGCAGCUGGUCAUCUCCUGGCUCUGCCUGGUUUUGCUGGCAUCUGCCCUCGCGGCCAUCUGGGAACUGGAGAAAGAUGUUUAUGUUGUAGAGUUGGAUUGGUACCCUAAUGCCCGUGGAGAAAUGGUGGUCCUCAGCUGUGACACCCCUGAAGAAGAAGGCAUCACCUGGACCUCGGACCAGAGCAGUGAGGUCUUAGGCUCUGGAAAAACCUUGACCAUCCAAGUCAGAGAAUUCGGAGAUGCUGGCCGCUACACCUGUCGCAAAGGAGACGAGGUUCUGAGCCAUUCGCUCCUGCUGCUUCACAAAAAGGAAGAUGGAGUUUGGUCCACUGAUAUUUUAAAGGACCAGAGAGAACCUAAAAGUAAGACCUUUCUAAAAUGCGAGGCCAAGAAUUAUUCUGGACGUUUCACCUGCUGGUGGCUGACAGCAAUCAGUACUGAUCUGAAAUUCAGUGUCAAAAGCAGCAGAGGCUCCUCUGAUGCCCAAGGGGUGACAUGUGGAACAGCCACACUCUCUGCAGAGGGGGACCAUGGGGAGUAUAAGAAGUUCUUGGUGGAGUGUCAGGAGGACAGUGCCUGCCCAGCCGCCGAGGAAAGCCUGCCCAUUGAGGUGGUGGUGGAUGCCGUUCACAAGCUCAAGUAUGAAAACUACACCAGCAGCUUCUUCAUCAGGGACAUCAUCAAACCUGACCCGCCCAAGAACCUGCAGCUGAAGCCAUUAGAGAGUCCUCGGCAUGUGGAGGUCAGCUGGGAGUACCCUGACUCCUGGAGCACUCCGCAUUCCUACUUCUCCCUGACAUUCGCUGUUCAGGUUCAGGGCAAGAACAAGAGAGAAAAGAAAGAUAAAGUCUUCACGGACAAGACCUCAGCCACGGUCAUCUGCCAAAAGCAUGCCAACGUUCGCGUGCAAGCCCAGGACCGCUACUAUAGCUCAUCUUGGAGCGAAUGGGCAUCUGUGCCCUGCAGUUAGGUUCCGGUCCCAGGAUGAAACUUGGAGGAAAGGUAGAAGAUAGUCAGCAAAGCUUUUUAAAGACACAAUGGAAAAGACCCAAAAAGAUAUUUUGCACUUGGUCUGCUUUUUAAAAAUUUUUUUUUAGGAUCACCAUGAUGUCUUUGCUGUAUUUUUUAGGUAGAUGCUAACUGCCCACAGAAACAAUCAAGCUAAUUUACACAUAGAUUUUCCAGCUAUCAAGUUGCCACUGACAUUAAUGCUAUUUAAAUAUUUACGUAAUUUAUGUAUUUAUUAAUUUAUUACUGUUAUUUAACAUUUGUGUGCCAGGAUGUAUUGAGUGUUUCGUAUUCUCGUGACCCGAUCCACAAGGAUCAGGGCCCCUGUUAUGCAAAAU